GUGUGGUGCUAGCGGCGGCGGCGGCGUCUCAGGUUGCAGCCCGGGGACUUUCCGGCUCCCGCUCUUUCCGCUGGCGGCUCUUGUUGGCGCUUCAGGAGCGGACCAGAUGAAAAGCGGGAUCCGUUUAGGAGGGUUCGCAGAUCGCCGCUUUGAAUAGGUGACCAAGGGCUCCCGUCUCUUGUCUCCGGGGUCCGAUCGGAAGCUUCUGCAACUGUUCUGCCCAGGCAGAGGCGCAAGUCGGGGCAACAGCCAUCUGUCAACAAGCAAAGUCAAUGGAGAAGUUGGCAGGAACUCACAAAUUGGGGUCAAGUGACAUCACACUUAAGAACCUGUGGUGAUUCGCUUAACAAUUACAGCCAGAAGUGACAAACUGAUUGUUCCAAAACCUUCUUAUCAAUUAGGAGCUCAUCUUUUGUUCCUCUGCUGUGUGGGCAAUUUGCUCUCUGCUCAGGUGGAAAAAGCUUGUUUUUAACUAAAUGCUGCUGGACUUCAUCAGCUACCAUACCAGUUGGCAAUUUGAAAGUUGUUGAUAAGCAGGGGAAAUGGAUCCCCCCGUUUACCUGGAAGAUGAUUUUUCCCAUUUGGAUGGCCUGGAUGACGAUGUGUUCCACUCGGAUGAUUGUGAACUGGUCAGUCAGUCCAGCAAAAUGGCCUUUCGUGGCAUUUUCACCCAAAGCAAAUCUUACAACUGCCUCCUGGGCAGGUUCCAGCUCUUCCCACUUGCACACUGUUGUGGCCCAGGCAGCAAGCAUGCCAGACAACAGGACAAGGCAACACAGACCCUCAAUGCAUCCUCUUCCAGCCAGGAUAUCAUGUUACCUUGUGGAGUCACUGAAGAGCCUCAGAGACUCUUUUAUGGAAACGCUGGAUACCGUUUACAUGUCCAACCAAUUGGUUUCACAUUGAAUCCACAUCUCCAGGAGGAACCUCAGGAAAGUCUGCAGGAAUUGCGUACCGAAGUUCAGAUUGCACGGAAGUUACAGUGCAUUGCAGAUCAGUUCCACAGGCUUCAUCUACAGAGGCACCAGCAGAACAGAAAUCAGGUCUGGUGGCAGAUCCUUCUCUUCCUCCACAACUUGGCCUUGAACGUGGAAGCAAACAGACAACGUGUGGGUCAGAGGUGAGAUCUGCCCUGCCUCUUCCAGGUUCCAUCCAGUCUGCUGGGAGCACCAAACAAACCCAGGUUACAAAUGCGCAUGCCACUGGACAGAUGUGAGGUUCCUGUGGACCUGAGGGUGCUUGUUGUACAAAAGACUUGUUUUCAAUGGACUUGCCUUCUGACUCCCUUGUCUUCUGUGGUGGGGAGCUUUGGUCCAACACUGUUGAAGAAACAUCUUCCCAAGUUGUGUGGCUUAUAAUCAAGGUGCAAGGAGGAACUAAUGUAAGGAAGCUUUGCAUGAGUUGGUGAUGGACUGUUGGUGAUGUUUUGGGUUUGAGGUUUGGGGCAACUACCAGAUUCCUGAUCAGUAAACUUUGAAGAAACUCUGUAAACAGCAACUGUGAAGCAGCAUAUAGAGUAUGUAUGACUGAAUCUUGACAUUUUAAAUAAUGGAGAUACUGGUGUAAACAAGGAGUGAGUCUUGAAUACGUAAUAACACACAAUCAUUACACUCAGGAACAUAUGGGCUCCUCUCCUGUCUUUCAAUUCAAGUCAGGAAAAUGAAAUAUAAACAGUACUUUCUUAUCAAAUGUAACUUUCUUUACUACUCUAAAGCAGUAAUCCUUGUACUAAUAAGCCAUUAUCCAAACAAUAGGAUUUCUUAGAUUACUUCCCUAAGGAGAGAAAGAAAAGUUCGUCCUCGGAGAGAGAAAUUCAGCCUCACAAGGAUUUUCCCUAAAGCUGCAAACUGCCUGCAGUUGGUACUAUGAAGGCCGGGAUGGGGGUGGGGGCUGGGUUGCUAGGAGAGGCCCUGCUUUCCACUGUCCUCAUAUGCCAACACGCCUCUAAAAUGGGUAGGAUCAUGGCAGCCUGGAGCUUGCACCAUCCUUUUUCUUCCCCACUGGAAUCAUUGGGAGGGACAAGGAAAGGAAAAUCCUCUUUUGGGAGGAUCCAGCUGACAUAAGCCGUUAGAAUUACAGAAGCAGCAUUCAGCUACUUUGGCUUCUCUCUUUUCUUAAGUCUAAACAUCUAACAGAAUUAGUUUAAGUUAGCAGAGAAAAGUGCUUUAAUUUUACAUAAACCCUCAUUUAUGAUCAUAUUCAAUAUCAGAGAUGGAACCACAAACUACUGAAUGCCCCAUGCUACGUAUUUUUCUUUUGCCAUUUAGAAAAAAAUGGAAGCAAAGGUUUUAUUUGGAGAACAAGAAAAUAUUGUUUUGUAUUGUAGAAAAUAAGAGGAAUGAUUUUUUUUUGCCUGGCCAUAGGUAGAGGGGCAUCAAUCCAAAAGAUUUUGAAAGGGCUCUGCCCCCUGGUUUCAGGCUUCUGGACUUUUCAAUUGUAGAACAAGUGAGAAGCAAGAUGAAUUAGAAGGCUGGUUAUGCAAAGAUUUGGCUAUAUUUUUUUGCGAAAGACCUACCUUCCUAAGUGCUCUCCUGAAGACAUUUGCUAUUCUGAACUAUGUAGCUAUACUUUCCCACUAUCUUAAGAGGCAGUAUUACUACUCUAGGUGUUUUUAAGAUUUAGAGUUAGAGGUCACACAACUUGGGUAACCUUAAGUGCAUUUAUGGUUUUGCCCUCAUGGCUUUAGCAUGUUGUCCAGAUCUAGUCAGUUUGGUUAGUUUGUGCUUCAUUGUAUUUUGGGGACCAAGAAAAUGGACUAAUACAGGAAUGCAAUUGCGUGAUUUGUGUUUAGUACUUCUUCCCAAAAUAGCUGUAAUGAGAGUCUCUCUAACAGUAUGGCCUUUUUAUAUAUUGGUUUUUAAUAAAAACAACAUGAAUUAACAGUA